AAGACCAAAUGUUCAAGACAUUUCUUAUUGAUGUGCCCACUAAUCUCAAAGAAACAGUCAGAUGGAGACAGUAUGUGGUAAAGGAGGGACAUUGGAUGGUGACACACUGAUGGUCAGCAUUAAACAAGAGGAAGAAGACCAUAUGGAGCAGAUGUCCAAUGGUCCAUCGUCAUCUGACACGCUCAUCAAACAGGAGAAAGAAGAGGGCCUAGAACAAGGCAGUAAAGGUGGGUCCAAAUAAGUGUUUACGAAUCCUGUAAGCCAACACUUGUACAGAAACAAAAUUGUUGUAUUGAUCAUUUUACAACACAUGAUACAAUAUAUUAGUCUCAUAUAUUCAACCUUGAUAGUCAACACAUUUUCUUCCCUCGCUCCUGCUAUCCCACUAUAUCACGGUCGCACUUCAACUCCAGCUCCGGACGACCAACUCCCUAAGGAUGAACCAGACACCCUGGAAGAAGGAGAGGAGGAGAAGCAGAGGAGGGUUAAAGACAGAGGAGAGGUCCUGGUCUGCUGUUGAGACUGAGGAUGUCUCGGGGUCAGACUCGAGUUGGCGCUGCAGGCUGUGUCAGCGCUGCUUCAGUUCCUCCUGGGAGCUGACGGGACACUGCUGUACCGGCAUCGCGGGGGAGGACGGGGUCGCCAACGGCCACAAGGUCAAACUGGAGUUCCGGUGCCCAGUGUGUGGCGACCGCUUCCUCCGGCCCACUGCCUUCAUCAUGCACAAGCGCAGCCACAUGGGCCAGUCCCAGUACGUCUGUGGGGUCUGUGGACGGACACUCAAGAGCCUGCGCAAGCUGGCCUCCCACAGGCGCUCACACUCCCGCUGCCGCAGGCCUGUGGCUGAACGACAGCAGUGCCAUGACUGCAGCCGGAGCUUCUGCAACCUGACGGCACUCAGAAGCCACCGGGAGAGACAGCAUGGAGAGGAGAGGAAUUGGGAGGAUGAGGCGUACAGGGCGGUGAGAGAGGGAGAGGAGGGAAGCACUGCAGUGAUCUCUAAUGAUUCAACCAGAGUUUCAGGUAAGGCUGGUUCUUUAUUAGUACUUUCCUUUGUUUAGGCUAUGGAUUAACCUCUCAUUUGCAAGGUACUUGGAAUUCUGUGAACUUGUGUCUUGAAUCUGAUUAUUCUGAUCUAGAUAUGGUAGGUAUCUUGUUAUUUUCUCUUUCCAAUGACUCAGUAUUUACCUGUAUUUGACAACCCUUCCUCUUUGCAGCAAAUCACCACAUCACUUGUGUAUCCACUGGUUCUCCUGACCCUGUCUAAUUUGCUCUCUCUUCCCCCAGCACAGCCUCCCCAGUCUCCUCAGUGCCAUCAGUGCUUCAUGACCUUUCGGGAUGCAGAGACAGAAGAGAGGCAUUUACGCUUCAAGCACCCAGUGGAGUAUGAGAGACAUCUCCGAGGUCGCACAGUGUUUGCCUGCUGUGUCUGCGACCUUACGUUCCCGUCCUCCCGCCUGCUCUCAGCUCACCAACGCACCCACAGCAAGUGGAGUCUGCCCCCCACUGGCCCAGAAGUCUCUUUGCAAGAAAGCACAGGCAGAGGAGAGGCAGAGGGUAUAUAGAAUUUUUGAAUAUUUUAAAACAGUCUAUGUACAUAUUAUUUGUUUCAGUUGUCACAUGUUUUAUAAUAUUUUAUUUUCGGUGUUUUAUCAAAUAAAAUUAAAUGUUUCUAUUGUCACACACCGAAUAGGUGCAGUGAAAUGUGUUGUUUUACAGGGUCAGCCAUAGUAGUACGACGCCCCUGGAGCAAAUUAGGGUUAACUGUCUUGCUCAAGGACACAUCGACAGAUCUUUCACCGUGUCGGCUUGGUAUUUCAGGUAUGGACAAUGAAAAAAACAGAGCUGGUCCAACGAGCUGUGAGCACUGUCAUAUCAUCUUCAAUGACCCUCGAACCUGGGAACGUCACAUGACGGCCAAGCACCCCCCAUCUCUGUCGACACCUACUUCACCAGGGAAUGCCUACCUGACUUCUAGACCUGCCAGGGGUCAACUACGACCCUAUCGCUGCUCCACCUGUGGAGAGAGAUUCAUACAGGAAAGCACCCUGACCAAACACUGCACCGAGGCACACGCCAGCUGA